GUGGACGUGAAUCGGUUCGUUGUCACCGGAGGCAAUAAUCUUCGCGGUGUGAAUCAUGACUAACCUGGCGUGACGAAGUAACAGACAGUCCUAAUUUUGUUGUGAUAGUUUUAUCUAGUCUAUGGUUUUUCGACAGUAAGGUGUUCCUGUUGUGUAUAGUUUUUAUUUUGGGUAACAACCCCCCCAAAAAUGGAUCUCAGUUUCAAAAGAAGACCAGUUCAUCGAAGCAUUUCACUGCUGCUCAAAGAUAUCGAUGAAAUGUCCCUCCAAGACGUCGGAUCGUCGAAUCCGGCGCUCAGCUGCGAAGACAGUGGCACCACCAGCACGGUCCGCGUGGACGAGGUGGAUUUGACGAUCGACGCCAGCCUGGCCUGUUACUCACUGGGGGAUGAGUACGAUGAAAAUUUGGGCUUCUCCGACUCCAUCACCAUCGUAUCGAUGGGCGGUGAGGGUCCGGUUCUGGUGCAGCGCAAAGAGGACGACAGCGACAGUGUUACGGCGGAGUCGGAAAUUCCGUACUCGUACGUACACAACCCACCGAUCAAAUUCACCUCAAUGCACAGGCACAUCUUCAUCCCCGGUCUGGAGAUAAAUGUAGAGAUUGUGGACUAUGAGCGCAGCUUGACGGCGCAUAUCUUAAAUCCGAAUCUCUACACAAUCAAAUUUACUCACGGCCAGUUCAGUUGGACGAUUAAGAAACGCUAUAAUCACUUCCGAAAUUUGCAUCAACAAUUGACCACGUUUCGGGCUUCACUGAACAUUCCCUUUCCCACCAAGAGCCACAAGGAGCGACGAACAAGUUUUCGGAAUAUGCACAAUGUGCAUCAGUGCACAGCUUCGCCGACAAUGCAGAUGAAACUGGACAAGCCGAACAAAAAACAGAAGAAAAGUGCCCUGCCGCGAUUUCCACUGAAACCAGACUCUCUAGUUUCGUUUGAUGCCAUACCCGAGCGGAAAAAACAGCUGGAGGAGUAUUUGUACAACUUACUUAACAUAUCACUGUACAGAAACCACCAGGAUACGAUAAAUUUCCUCGAAGUAUCCCACAUCUCCUUCGUCGCCGCACUUGGCCAAAAGGGCAAGGAAUGUCUCGUUAAGAAACGAACCGGAUCCACCCGGGCCGGUCAGUCAGGGUUCGAUUGCUGCGGUUGUCUGACGGCAGGAUGCUGCAUUCGCUGCAGUUACUUCUGCUCGGAUGUUGUGUGGAGUAAAUGGCGAAACCGAUGGUUUUUCCUGAAGGAAACCUGCUUCGGUUACUUCCGACCGAAGGAUGGCAUGCUACGAUGCGUGGUGCUAUUCGACCAAGGCUUCGAUAUAUCGUCCGGGAUGUACAGCACAGGUAUGCGGAACGGGCUGCAAAUCGUAACGAAUAGCAGAUAUUUGGUUAUAAAGCACCCGACGCGAAGGACCGCCAAGGAGUGGAUGACGUACAUGAAGGGUGUGGCGAAUGACAGUGCUAGGGACUUUACACUGCCCAAUCCUCAUCAAUCGUUUGCCCCUGUUCGUCCGGGAAUGAAAGCCGGAUGGUUCGUGGAUGGGGCCAGUUAUAUGAAUGCUGUCGCGGAUGCACUGGAAGGAGCGACAGAGGAAAUAUUCAUAGCCGACUGGAUGCUCAGCCCGGAGAUUCACAUGAGAAGGCCGGCCAUUGAUGGGGAUUAUUGGCGGUUGGACAAAAUUCUUAAGCGAAAAGCGGAACAAGGGAUCAAAAUAUUCGUAUUGCUGUUCAAGGAACUUGAUUUUGCUCUCGGAAUUAAUAGUUAUUAUAGUAAACAAAAGUUGGUAGAGCAGCACGAAAACAUCAAGGUCCUACGACACCCGGAUCAUGCUCGCGCAGGUAUAUUGUUCUGGGCACAUCAUGAGAAGCUGGUCGUUGUGGAUCAAACGUACGCCUUUGUAGGAGGAAUCGAUCUUUGUUACGGUCGUUGGGAUGACUACAAACAUCGAUUGACUGACUUGGGAAGUAUCUCGAGCAGUAACUGUAGCUCAGCUAAUAACACCACCGCCAGGAAGCCAUCGACGGUGGUUGAGUUGGAGCAAGGAGGUUCGGUGGCAAGCCUACUUAGAGCUUCGAGUAACCUUGCUGAAGUUUUAGCCAUAGACACGGUGGACAGAGGCGUACCCCAACUGGAACCCGGAGAUAAACUGUUAAUGGCGGUUGCACAGAAACUAAUGCCACAAUCGAACAGCGGGGGAGACCAGCUGCCCGAAAACAUCAAAAAGGAUACUCCGGAGAUGGAGAGGAGGAAUAUAAUGGGGAAGAUUAAGGAUAUGGGUCGAGAUCUGAAGAACAGAAUAACAUUGAACGAGAAUGAAGGGGAGAAUGGACCAAAGAGUAACCCAGGCAGUCCGGGUCAUUUGACGGAUGAUGAAAUGAAAAAGAAUGGAUGCGAUAACAAGGGAGCUUCCGACUGCUCACUGUCAAGUAAUGCGUUCAGUCCGGCUCCUUUCAAAGGGAAGAUUGUGUUCGAGCUAGAUGGGCAAGCUAAGCUCUGGAUCGGGAAGGAUUACAUCAACUUCAUUCUUAAGGAUUUUUCCAAUUUGGAUAUGCCUUAUGUUGAUCUGGUGGAUCGCACCAGUACCGUUCGCAUGCCAUGGCACGAUGUGGCCACCGUAGUUCUCGGCCAGGCGGCACGUGAUGUUGCUCGGCACUUCAUCGAGCGCUGGAACGCCGUAAAGUUGGAAAAAUGUCGAGAGAGCCUACAGUAUCCGUACCUGUUGCCCAAAAGUUACAACGACGUCCGGAUAGAUGCCAAUUUUCUUAAUGUGCCUCUUCAUCACGUUACCUGCCAGGUGCUGCGUAGUGCUUCCAGCUGGAACUGUGGUUUCAUCGAGCAGGAUUAUGUGGAGCAGAGCAUUCACGAGGCUUACGUACAAACCAUCUCCAAAGCGCAGCACUACAUUUACAUUGAAAAUCAAUUCUUUAUAAGUUUGGAGCUCGGUAAUGCGACGGUGAAGAAUCAAAUUGCGGAAUACUUGUUCAAGCGAAUAAUGCGAGCCUACCGAGAGAAGAAGGUAUUCCGAGUGUACGUGGUGAUGCCGUUGCUACCGGGUUUUGAGGGGGAUGUUGGUGGUGCAACAGGAAUUUCUCUGCGGGCGAUUACGCAUUGGAACUAUGCGUCAAUAUGCAGGGGUAAAACUUCACUCUUGUCCCGGUUAGCGGCGGCUGGUAUCAAAAAUCCGUUCGAUUACAUAUCCUUCCACAGUUUGCGAACGCACUCUGAGUUAAACGGCAUUCCGGUAACUGAAUUGAUAUAUGUCCAUUCUAAGCUGCUGAUAGCCGACGAUAGGGUCGUUAUUUGUGGAUCUGCCAAUAUUAACGAUCGAUCCCUGUUGGGGAAACGAGAUUCGGAGAUGUGUGUCAUGAUUACAGACGAAAGCUUCGAAGAAGGACGAAUGAAUGGUGAAUCCUAUCCUUGUGGAAUAUACGCGGGAAAGCUACGGAAGUAUCUCUUCAGGGAACAUCUAGGCCUGCUGGAACCCAGCCCCAAUAGGAGCGCAGUGGACAUUACCGAUCCCGUGAUCGAUUCGUUUUGGAAUGGAACUUGGCGAUGGACGUCACGCAAGAACACGCGUCUGUUCGAGGAAAUUUUCCGCUGUAUUCCAUCCGACAACGUACAGUCGUUUGUAAUGUUGAAAAAAUACUUGGAAGACAAAAGUCUUGCUCUGGCUGACCCCGAAGGCACCCACAAAGCGCUGCAAAGAAUCGAGGGGAAUUUGGUUGAUUUGCCGUUGAAAUUCCUAUGCAAUGAAAUUUUAACUCCUCCCGGGACGAGUAAGGAAGGUAUUAUGCCAACCUACAUGUGGACAUAAUCGGAUUUCUUAGGAUAAGAUGAAAUUGACUUCUUCAAAGCGAGGGUUUCAUAAUGUUGAUCAAUGUUUGUAUUUAUUGUUGUUUGAGAUGUUUUAUUUAUGCCAUGGUAAAUGUAACAUUUUCCGUACAUUGGCAGGACCAUAGUGAUCAUUCCAAUUCUUCCAUGAAAGUAAUGUACAAUUUUAACGAUUUUCACGUUAGGAUAAUAUGUGUAGUUUAUUAGAUGUUGGCUAUAAGAUACAAAAUACGUAUAAACUACCGCAGGUAUUUUUUCACCAUG